AUGGCAGAAGCUGUCAUUGUUAGCAUUGUGGGGGAGAUCGUUGCUAGUCUAGCUCCUCAAGCAAUAGAAAAUAUUGGAAAGUUAUGGGGCGACAAGCAUGAACUCGAGGCACUUAGGGACACAGUCUCCACGCUUCAAGCUGUGCUGGAUGAUGCAGAGGAGCAAUACUACCGGAGUCACGAAAUCAAAGAUUGGGUUGAUAGACUGAAAGGCGUUUUUUAUGACGCACUGGACGUGCUUGAGGAAUACAAUGUAGAAGCUACGCGACGAGAACUGAGAGGCCACAAUAAAAUAUUCAAGGAGGUAAGGAAAUUUUUCUCUGGUUCAAACCAGGUUGCUUUUAUAUUGAAGAUGAGUUACAAAGUAAGAGCAAUGAGGAAAAGAAUAGAAACCAUUAAGGCUGACAGAAAAUUCGACUUGAACAUGCUCCCCCAGAGAGAGUGGAGAUCCUUUGCAUGUGAGGGGGAUAUUAUAGGGAGAGAUGAUGAUAAGGAGAUUGUUAAGAAAUUUUUAUUGGACUCAGACGUGAAAGGGAAUGUUUCCAUCCUUCCAAUAGUUGGUACUGGUGGGCUUGAAAAAACAACUCUUGCUCAACGUGUAUAUAAUGAUAAGAUGGUCAGUGAACAUUUUGAAUUGAAAAUGUGGGUAUGUGUCUUUGAUGACUUUGACAUGAUAAAAAUAGUGAAAAAUAUCUUAGCUUGUGUGACGGAGGAGGUACUGAAUCAUGAUGCGUUGGAACAAUUACAAAAGAAACUGAGGGACAAAAUUGGCGGAAAGAGAUAUCUUUUAGUUUUAGAUGAUUAUUGGGAUGAAGAACUAGAAACAUGGCACAAAUUAAAAAUAUUAUUGAUGGGAGGUGCUAGAGGAAGCAAGAUUCUUAUAACUACACGUCUUCGUUCGGUUGCGGAGAUCACCUGCACUACUUCACCUCAUCUUCUCGGGGGAUUAUCUGAAAUGGAGUCUAUUGAUUUAUUAAUGCAAAUGGCUUUUCCAAAAGAAGAGGAGACACAAGAUCCUGACUUGCGACCUAUUGGCGAAGAGAUAGCUAGAAAGUGCUUUGGUGUUCCAUUGGUUGUUCGAACUGUUGGAAGCUUACUAUUUUCUAAGAAAACAAAAGCCGAAUGGUUACAUUUCAAAGAUUAUAAGCUCCCAGAAAAUUUGCAAAUGCUUAAUCUUGAUGGUUGUGUUUGCCUUGAAGAAUUACCAAGGGGAAUAAGGAAAUUAGUUAGCCUUCGAAAUCUAGGCAUAAAAUACUGUAAGAAACUUAGUUAUGUUCCCCGUGGACUAGGGCAAUUGAGUUCUCUACAUAGGCUGAACUGCUUCAUUUUGCCCAAAGACAAAGCUCGUGCAAAGAAUUAUGGCAAACUCGGGGAGCUAUAUGGCCUUAAUAACAUCCGGGGAAGCCUUUGCAUUGAAAAUUUGGGACACGUAACAGAUGCAGUAGAAGAAUACAAGGCUGCAAACUUGACAGGGAAGCAGUCUCUGGAAUCUUUGGAACUUAAAUGGGGUGGUUUCAAUACUGAUGACGCAAUAAUUUGA